GCUACCGUUACUGUUUGGGACUCUUUUUUCUCCAGCAGGAGGUCUUUCUCUCUUUCCCCUUUUACGAAUUUGAAUUUUUCCGAACCAGUAAGCUUCCAUUAUUUCUCCCCCUCCCGAUUCAGAUCGGUCCGAAAAGUUUGAGAUCAAAGAGUUGUGGUGCUAGAACAACUACUUAAACGAAGAUGUUUGGUGCAACUAGCCAAAAAGUGCAUCCUGAUAAUGCUUUGUUCUGUGCCCAUUUGCAUCCCAGUCUGUUUUUGGGGAGACCAACAAUGCAAGUAGCAAUCAGUUUGCACCUAAACCUUCCUUUGGUAGUCCAACCCUCUUUUGCUUCCCAAACAGGGAGUUCAAUAUUUGGGGGUUCUUCUACUGAAGCGUUUGGUGCAGCCCAGUCUUCUUCUCCCUUUUUGUCAACCACAGCCUUCGGUGCCUCUUCAUCUCCGGCUUUUGGAAGUUCUGUGCCUGCUUUUGGAUCUUCUUCUUCUCCUGCUUUUGGCAGUUCAUCAGCAUCUUUUGGUGGAUCUUCUGUUUUUGGUCAGAAGCCGGCAUUUGGCUUUGGGUCUACCCCCACUCAAUCAAGUCCUUUUGGAAUCACAGCCUGCAUUUGGUUCCCCGAUACCAUUUCCCAGUCUGCAUUCGGUUCCAGUACUUCUGCCUUCGGUGCUGCAAGCACUCCUGCUUUCGGUGUCACAAGCACUCCUGCCUUCGGUUCAACUGGAAGUUCAGCAUUUGGGAGCACUGGAACUGCAUUUGGUGUGUCUAAUUCUCCGGUAUUUGGAACAGUAGGCACAUUUGGAGCAUCAAGCGCACCAGCUUUUGGCACUUCUCUCACUCAUGCAUUUGGAGCAUCAAAUUCUGCUUUUGGCACUUCCAAGACUCCUGUUUUUGGAGUGUCAAAUUCUGCUUUUGGCGUUUCCGACACUCCUACUUUUGGAUCAUCUUCUACUCCUUUAUUCAGCUCUGGGUCUAGCCCUGCUUUUGGCCAAUCAACACCAGCAUUUUCCAGUAGUCCUUUUGGAACAACUACAAUUGGAGCACAGAGUUCUUUUGGACCCCAAUCUUCUGCACCAGCAUUUGGACAGUCAACUUUUGGGGCUCAACGUGGGGGAAGAAGAGUUGCUUCUUACACGCCUACAAUUGACGCUGAUAGUAGCAUUGGUACACAGAUGUUCGAGUCAAUUUCAGCUAUGCCUGUUUACAAAGAUAAAAGUCAUGAGGAGCUGAGAUGGGAGGAUUAUCAAUUAGGAGACAAAGUUGGACUGCAGCCAACCGCUCAGCCUUCUGGAGAGAUUUGCUCUGGUGUGUCAACUGCACCUACAAGUCCUUGUGGCUCUUCUCCAACAUUUGGCCAAACAUCUGUAAAUCCUCAUUCCAUCACAAGUACCAAUCCAUUUGGUGUAUCUAAUUCCCCGGUAUUUGGAACAGUAGGCACAUUUGGAGCAUCAAGCGCACCAGCUUUUGGCACUUCUCUCACUCAUGCUGUUGGAGCAUCGAAUUCUGCUUUUGGCACUUCCAAGACUCCUGUUUUUGGAGUGUCAAAUUCUGGUUUUGGCGUUUCCGACACUCCUACUUUUGGAUCAUCUUCUACUCCUUCAUUCAGCUCUGGGUCUAGCCCUGCUUUUGACCAAUCAACACCAGCAUUUGCCAGUAGUCCUUUUGGAACAACUACAAUUGGAGCACAGAGUUCUUUUGCAUUUGGACAGUCAACUUUUGGGGCUCAACGUGGGGGAAGAAGAGUUGCUUCUUACACGCCUACAAUUGACGCUGAUAGUAGCAUUGGUACACAGAUGUUCGAGUCAAUUUCAGCUAUGCCUGUUUACAAAGAUAAAAGUCAUGAGGAGCUGAGAUGGGAGGAUUAUCAAUUAGGAGAUAAAGUUGGACUGCAGCCAACCGCUCAGCCUUCUGGAGAGAUUUGCUCUGGUGUGUCAACUGCACCUACAAGUCCUUGUGGUUCUUCUCCAACAUUUGGCCAAACAUCUGUAAAUCCUCAUUCCAUCACAAGUACCAAUCCAUUUGGUGUGUCUAAUUCCCCGGUAUUUGGAACAGUAGGCACAUUUGGAGCAUCAAGCGCACCAGCUUUUGGCACUUCUCUCACUCAUGCUUUUGGAGCAUCAAAUUCUGCUUUUGGCACUUCCAAGACUCCUGCUUUUGGAGUGUCAAAUUCUGCUUUUGGCGUUUCCGACACUCCUACUUUUGGAUCAUCUUCUACUCCUUCAUUCAGCUCUGGGUCUAGCGCUGCUUUUGGCCAAUCAACACCAGCAUUUGCCAGUAGUCCUUUUGGAACAACUACAAUUGGAGCACAGAGUUCUUUUGGACCCCGAUCUUCUGCACCAGCAUUUGGACAGUCAACUUUUGGGGCUCAACGUGGGGGAAGAAGAGUUGCUUCUUACAUGCCUACAAUUGACGCUGAUAGUAGCAUUGGUACACAGAUGUUCGAGUCAAUUUCAGCUAUGCCUGUUUACAAAGAUAAAAGUCAUGAGGAGCUGAGAUGGGAGGAUUAUCAAUUAGGAGAUAAAGUUGGACUGCAGCCAACCUCUCAGCCUUCUGGAGAGAUUUGCUCUGGUGUGUCAACUGCACCUACAAGUCCUUGUGGUUCUUCUCCAACAUUUGGCCAAACAUCUGUAAAUCCUCAUUCCAUCACAAGUACCAAUCCAUUUAGUCUAAAAUCUCCAUCCUUCAGCAGUGUAGGCUUUGCAACCUCGACUACUACCUCAAACUCUUCCCAAUCAACAUCAUCAAGCCUUUUUGACCCAAUUUCCUCAACAACUUUAAUAUCUAUUUCAUCUUUGACUCCUACAUUUGGAACUGGUUCAUCUCUUUUUAGUUCAUCUGUCACUCCUCCAUUUCCAUCUUCACCAUCCAUUUUUGGUACUGCUGCAGUUCCUGCAACAACUCCAGCAUUUGCUACCGGUUUAAAUUUUAGCAGCAGCCAAGCAUCCCCUUUGUUCAAUUCUACCCCUGCAAUUGGGCAGGUGACCUCUACAUUUGGACAGAAUACUGGUAGCUUUGACCAAACAAGCAUUUUAAACACAUCUUCAACUAGGUUUUGUGGGAAUAUGUUUUCUAGCCCUCUACUGUUGGCUCCAGCUAACAACCCAGCUGCCUUUGGCCCGGCAACUGCAAGUCGCUCUGGAAAUCUUUACUAUCAUUCUUCCUUUUUAUCAUACUUAUGACCAUUUGUUCAUGUAAUUUGUUUAUAGAAUGAUGGAUAUUAUGUUUGUUUCUUUAGCCUUCAACUUUGAUCGCUAUUUCUGUACAUUUUCAUCAUAUGCUGCUGCAGGGAUGCUGAAUUGCAUUUUUUUUCUUUCUUUUAUUAAAUCGAGAAUUCAAGCUAAUUGUUCA